CGCCCGGACGCCAGACAGGUCACGGCAUGGAGAAAUUACUCGCCAGCUCUGAGUGUGGGCAGGGAUUAAACCAAUCUUCCCACCUGUUGACCCGACAGCAAGUUCACACUGUGGAGAAACCGUUUACUUGUCCCGAUUGUGGGAUGGGAUUCAUUCGAUCGUACCAACUGAAGAGGCACCAGCGUAUUCACACAGGAGAGAGGCCGUUCACUUGCUCUGAGUGUGGGAAGGGAUUCAUUGGAUCAUCUAAGUUGCUGCUACACCAGAGAAUUCACACUGGAGAUAGGCCGUUUGGCUGCUCUGAGUGUGGGAAGAGAUUCAUUGAAUCAUUUGAGUUACAGUUACACCAGCGAAUUCACACUGGAGAGAGGCCAUUCACCUGCUCUGAAUGUGGGAAGGGAUUUACUCGUUCAUCUCAGUUACUGAGACACCAGAUAAUUCACACGGGGGAGAGGCCGUUCACCUGCAUUGAGUGUGGGAAGGCAUUCUCUCACUCAUCUGCGUUACUGAGACACCAGAGAAUUCACUCUGGAGAGCGGCCGUUCACCUGCUCUGAGUGUGGGAAGAAAUUCACUCAAUCUUCUAACCUGAAGAGCCACCAGCGAAUUCACGCUGUGGAGAACCCAUUUGCCUCUCCCAACCAUGGGUAGGGUUUCACCAGUAAGCCUAACCGGGUGACCCCCCCAGAGAAUUCAUGCUGGGGAGAGAGCAUUCACCUGUUUAGUGUGUGGGCUGGGAUUUACUCGAAUAUCUGAAGAAUUGAUACACCAGCUCGUUCACACUGGGGGAGAAAGUUUAAAUACGUUUCUGGUUUGUUUAGAGUAAAUUUUAUUAGCUAAGUA